AUGCCGCGCCCAAAGCGUACCAAGGUUGCGCCUUCAGGUCCAACCCAGCGCGCCCGCAAUCCCCCUCACGAUGCGACAACCUCCCCGAGAGCUUCAAACGCUCCCCAGAGAGAGUUCGAUGACUUGUACGAUAUCAGCGACCCCGAGGACAGAGUAGUUAGAUCCGUGCAACACGUUAAGAAAGGCAACGCGCGGGAGAAGCCUGCUGCGACCACUCCAGUACGCGGAAGAAAUGUAGACGCGCCGACUUCGAAAGGCAGGAAUCAUGCCAGUGAAACCAUCAAUGUUUCACAGCCAACGGCGGAUACGGCUUCUCAUGUUGUAGAAGAGGAAAACGAUAUUGAUCUGUCUAGUCCGAGAUCGAGUCCUGAAGUUGAAAUUGGAAGGCGGGAAAGGACUACACCUGCCGUUGCGCGAUCUGCGAUCAAGAUUGGAAAUUUUAAGAGACGGCCCCGUGAACCUAGUAUUUUGGGUCGCAGAGAGGCAAUGGAUCGCUCCAGUAGCUUGGAUUCAGAUAUGGCAGAUGACGAUGGUCUAACAAGUGUGGGGAAGAGGAGCGCGAAGAACGCUGGGAUCGGAGAUUCUCACAGGAGACAGAGGGAGCUCAGUGUAGGUGACAGGAAUACGACAACGAUGGCACCAAGCAGUAUGGCACUUCCGAUGGAUAAAGGGACAACUCCGGCGCGUGUUGGAUCAGCUCUAAAGCUGGGAAACUUUAGAAGGAGAGCCAGGGAACCUAGUAUUUUAGGAACAGGCCGAAAACCACAACAACCACGACCUGAUGACGAGGAUGAGGGAGAUGAUGAUGAUGAGGACGAUUUUAACCCGGAGGACGAGUCGACACCAUUGAACGCGUCGAGAAGUAAGGCUAUGACCAGCUCGAGUGCAUCAGGAUCAAAUUCAAGAAAACGCAAACUAUCCGCAGUACAAAAGCCACAAUCAAGUCCAACGAAUCGAUCACCUAGACCUCAAGCAUCGGAAGAGCGAAUCCCCGCCACGGCAUCUGUCAGAGAUGAAGAAGAAGCCGAGGGUGACAAUGACAUGUCAUCGUCACCACUGAGCACCCCCAUUGCUUCAGUAGAAGCCCCAGAUACCCCAGAGCCUAUGAGCGAGACCAUGGCGCCUCCGAUGAGCAGCAGUCCGGCAUCGUCACCAGAACCCGAAUUACCUCUCACAAGACCAUUGUCACGAGGCCGAGGCCGACGACCUACCAGAGGUCGGACGCCUAUAACUCGAACACAAGACUCCCCAAUAUCCUCACCGCCAUCUCUGACACACUCGCCCAACCGACCGUACAUGACAAACAACUCUAAAUCUAAAAAAGUGCUCCCACCUCCAAGCGCCUUCUCGACAGCCCAAUUGCAAGCCUUACUUCCACGGCGACGGAGAAGAGGCGAACAAGAUCCCUUUGACGUUCCCAGUUCGGAUGGUGAAAUCGACAACACGGGACUAGCCUCCUCUGACGAUGAACUCUCCCAUCUCAACGUCCGUACGCGCCGUCAACGAAGCGUGGUCUCACGAACUCCCGCUCCCUCAAGGAAAUCCAAGGCCAAACCUCCCCUCAAAUCAGCUGCUAAACGUACCUACGGUGCUCGUGCGAACCCAGCAUCAGACAAGGAGAAUGACGAAGUCGAUCCAGAUGACAGCUUAGCACCGUUACGGGAUGAUAUCGAUAGUCCGGAGGAUAGCCAGGAGUUGGAGGCGAGAGUUGGGAAGGAGUUGAAGCAGGCAGCUAGGAAGUUUCAGGAGGUUGAUAAGUGGGAGUUGGAGUUUGAGGAGGUUACUGCUAGUAGCAGUUCGCCGAGGGAUGCUCGUUGA